AUGGACGACCCCGCGGCCCAUCUCGCGCCCCUCCUCACCCCCGACGACCUCCUUGCCUUCACAGCCUCCCUCUCCCUCCCGCCGCCGACCCAAACGGAGCCUCUGACCGUGACGGCGGCCUUUCACCGGAUCUACCUCCUCCACUUCCCGCCCUCGGCCGCCGCGGACCUCGCGCCGGCGAGGGCGAACGCAGACGGCACCAUCACCCUCGUCCUGCGCGUCUCGGGCCGGCACCUCCCACGCGUCAAGACGGAGAACGAAGUCGCGAUGAUGCGCUGGGUCCGGGAGAACACCUCGGUCCCCGUGCCGGCUGUGAUACGAUGGGACAGCGGGUGCGCGAACGUGUUGGGGUGCGAGUUCACGCUGUUGGAAAGGGUGCCUGGGAGGAGUGCAAAUGCGGUGAUAUGGGCGCUUGGCGAGACGCAGAGGAAGAUGAUGGUCGGAGAGAUUGUGAGGUUCCUCGCAGAGUUGUGGGAGAAGUCGGCAUUUGUGUGGAAGCAUGUGGGCGGGUUGAGGGUCGACGAGACGGGAGAGAUUGUGCCUGGGCCGGUGGUGGAUGAGUGGUUCUGGAUGGCGCCUGAUGUCGAGCGGUAUUGGGCGGGCGGGGAGGAGUCGCCGGAGACGCUGAACCCGAUCGGGGGUGCGUUUUCCGGGUGGGCAGAGCAGUUGGACAAGAGUGUUGAGAAGUACGUCUACGCGAUCGAGAGGCACCCGUCGCUGGAGUGGAUGAGGGAUCUAGUAUCGAGAUUGGGGGCGUAUAGAUUGUAUGUUAGAGAGUACGCUGGGGAGUUGAAUGAUACGAGAUACGUCCUCGCCCAUCGGGAUUUACAUCUCGCCAACGUCAUGGUCGAUGAGGAGGGGGCGGUGACGGGGUUAUUGGACUGGGAGUUUGGAGGGGUUGUACCGGGGCCGAGAUGGGAUCCGCCGAACGCGUUUCUGUAUCCCUGGGGCGGCGAGGGGAACGAGGCGAAGGACGAGAGGGAGCAGAUGAGGGGGUGGGCGAGGGAGAUUUGCCAGGAGAAGGGGAUAGAGCUGGAGGUUGUUACUGGCGUACCGUAUCAGGGGAUACAGGAACCUGCACAGAGGGUUGUCAACUUCACGAGAGCGAUCUGUGAGGUUUGUCCCAAGGGUGAGGGAGAAAAGGCGAAAGCAUGGAGGGGGUCUUUGGAGAGCGAGCUGACGAAGCUGGGGUUGUAA